AUGGCGUCGCCUCGGCCCAUCGCGCCCAUGGGCAACGAGUCUUGGAACAGCCAGCAUCCUCAGCAGCAGCAGCAGCAUUAUCAGAACCAUUAUCAGCAACUGCAGCCACAACCACCACAGCAGCCGCAGCAGCCGCAGCACAUGCCUCCUCAGCCUGCUCAUACCGAAGCUGACGAGAAUGGUGUUCAAAUCAGACCAAUGGGCCUCAAGGUUCAUUACACCUUCGACAAGGAAGGCAAGGUGAAUUGCCUGGCGAGAUUCCCACAUCCUCUCCAGGUUCAGACAGUGCCAAUCGACGAUACGAAUUUCAUCGGUGUGGUUGAUUUGAGAUCAUGUAUCCACGCCGUCAUGGAGUGCAGCCCCGAGCUUGCUGGCCAAGAAUGCGACUACACUAUUUACGCCGUCGACUUUUCAGAGCCCGAUACGCCUUUGGUCGGACAAGGUAUGCUCUCAUGGGCUCUUGAGUCCAUGCAAAAUGAUUCCACGAUGCAGCAGCCUAAACUAGUGACCGGGCGCGUGACCAAGAACCUGUUGGGCGUUUUUGGGGGUGGCAACCGCGAAACUCUCGAGGUUAGAUUACGACUCUCCGUUGCGGCAAGACCGAAUAGACCCGUUAUCCAGCACAACAGUGGCAAUGAUGCCCAGCAGCAUCAGCAACAACAGCAAAAUAGACCGAUGGAGAGCGCCAUGACUCCUACCGGCACUUCAGAAUGGAACUCCUUCAUUCAAUCAAAUCCACAAAUUGGCCAAGGCGGCCAUGUUUCAAGAGUUGCCUCUCCGGCAUUGUCACAGGGUCAUGGCCACCAGCAGCAACCGCCCAUGAUAGGCAGACGGGAUUCUUUCGGGCCGGGAGCUAUCCAGCAGCUGCAGCAGAUGCAGCAGAUGAUGCCAACACAGGAUGUCCACAGAGUAGCGCCGAUACCAGUGGACCCAAGCGAGCACAGGGCUGACGGCGCUGCGCCAUCGUCAAGACCGUCAAGUCGGGCAUCUAGCAGGGCCCCCAGGAGAAAACAGCCUACUGGUCGCCCAAGAGGCAGGCCGCGAAAGAAGGCUGCUGAAGGGAAUACCUCUGGAUAUGAAGAUGGCACAGAAGGCGAAGACGGCCCUACCAAGAAAAGGGUCAAGACCACGCAGGUUGAGAGGGCAGCACCAAAUCCCUUUGCCAGCGGCCCCGAAUCUUUAAGAGUUGCUGCCAGCACCUCUGGCUCAUUACGCACAUUUCGACCCGUUUUAGCGAACGGUGAAGCCGCUUCAGGCGGCGGCAACCACCUCCAGGAAGUCCCCCGAGCUCCUACACCAGUACCGGAUGGUCCUCUUCGCGGCCUUCCAGGGAGAGGACCCGGGCAAGCGAAACUGAGGCGCGAGUCGACUUUGAGCCAUCAGCCCCUUUCAAAUAACUCGUCAUUUACAGAAUCAAGACAGCCAUUAUCGCCGAGCCAGGAGGACGGGCGCUCACCAGAGUCUAUCGCGCCGACCCCUACCUAUUCAGUAGAGAGUCCAGCUGAUAUUGGCUCGUCACCACCAGUUCAGCGAGCCACUCCCUUUAUUCGAUCAAGCCCUCCUCCGUCAAGUCCCAUUCUUCCACCCAUGCCGCCAACCGAACUUCCCCAUGAUGCGAGCUUUGUUACGGAUGAUUUGGAUGAUCUUUUUGGUGACGAGGCUAUCGCACCGAUUCCAAUCGCGCCCAAGAAAUCACAUGCUGCUGCCGCCCUUCGAAAACCCACGGAAGCAAGGAAUGCUAGCGGCGUACCUAUCCAAGUCUUCCAGAUGCAAGAUGGGCCAACUGGCCAAGAUCUUGUACACAUUUUCAGUUACAAUACCCCUCAACCUGCCUCAGCUUCAGGAAAUGAUAAACCAGAUAACGCAUCCCUCCCGCCACUGAAGAAGGCGCCAGUUCGAAUAGCAGCCAAGAAAAAGACCAAGCCUGCCUCUCCACCAGGCAUGGCUCCCACUCCUCCGCCUACGACUGACGCUGCCGAAAAGCCAGUAAGCCCUUCCCUAGUAGCCGAUACAGGAAUGGAUGAUUCUACUCGGAAACCAGCCCACCCCAUCAACAUUGCCCCUAAACCUGCACUAGAGCAACCACAAGGUCAGGACAUUGACGGACAAGCGCCCGAGAAGGAGACUCAACCUGCAAAGGCACAAAUUGUGGCGAGACCACCGCGGCAACUAAGCCGAUCCCAGUCUGCUGGUCCACUAGCACUCCCAGCAAUUCCAGCCAGUGAACCGGCAGGGCCAUCGUCACUUUCACAAUCCGUAACUGUCGAGCCGGAGUUCCCUGCUCCGCCAGCUCCUUCAACACUGAAGCGAGCAGCUUCCACUGGGCCACUUACUCUUCCCAUUCCUGCGAGCGAUCCAGUUGUGCCUAUCGCUCUUCCUACAAGCACAGAACACAUCGACUCGGUCAUCGCCAGGAGUGAUGCCAUCCCACCGCCCUCGUCACCGCCGCUCACGUCAACCAGAGCAAACAAGAACUUUGUGAAGAAACACGCCAUCAAGCAACGACUUGAAGAGGCCAUCAUGAACGGAGAGAUGCCUCCGUACUGUAGCAACUGCGGCGCUAUUGAGACACCGACCUGGCGCAAAAUCUGGGUGCAGGAGAAUGACGGUAUUCCUGAAUACUGUGAAUACUCUGAGAAGCCCGGCAAAAUUACAGCGAUCGAGAUCCUACAACGAGAUGCGGACGAGAAACCCACUCUACACCGAUUGAUCAAGAAAAGUUUGGCGUCCGACGACGACAGAGAAAAGUGGCAGGAACGGCUUCUUUGCAACCCUUGUGGUAUUUGGCUCACCAAAUGCAAAAGCCAUCGCCCCCAAGACAGGUGGGACAAGGACCUGGCACGCGUAGGACAAGAACGCAGAAAGCGAGGAACUGGCCGAAGCAAGAAGUCUCGUGGCAAGGAUGAUGGAGGCGUGAAUCCGACUUCAGAGGCUUAUCUGCCUACGGAUGCCCUUGGGCCGAUCGAACCGUCUUCCCCGAAGAAGCCAUAUGUAGAUGGUCCUCAGAAUCAACAGGAUCUGGAUCUUAAUAUGCGCGAGACAUCCGCCGGCCUCGACAUGCAGGAAUCACGCUCUAACCCGGGGUCGACUCACUCCAGGGGAAGCGGAACAGUGAAGAGUCCCAUAGAUGUGGAGUUCGACGAGGCAGUUGGCAGCACGAAGCGACUGCUAUUCCCCUCUCCUCGAAAAGAUGGAACACCGAAGACGUUGGGAGAAAUCGACGUUAAUAUCGUGCAGACUACGGAUGAUUGCCGACCAAAGGGCUCAGGAAUCGGCAAGGAGAACAUGGCCAGCACACGGCAUGAUGGUGAAGCCAAUGACGAUAACGAUCUCGAGGCGUUGUUUAAGAGUCCAACGCUACCGCGGCCGUCAACACCACCACCAAACGCCAAAGCUACUACACCCAGCGAGCCAUUCAAGACGCCUACUCGCCCCACGCCCAGCCACAGACCGAUUACUAGAAGCAUAUCACGAUCGAUUCGAUCUAUUAGAUCAAUUGCAUCACCCAGCCAGGCGCUCAUGGAUCGAACUCCCACCAAGACGCCGCGAUUACCAGGGAGCGCCAGCCGAAGGCGCAGCCCUCGAAAUCACCAAGGUGGAUUCGAAGUAUUCGAUACACCAAUCAGCCGUACCAUCAGCCAGAUGUUCUCGGAGGGCAAUGGCUUUGGGGGUGACGACCUAGACCUGAGUAGUCUGCCAGCGCUGGACGGUAAUGCCGGCAGCCUGAUUGACUUUGGCAACCUUCUCAGCACAGAUGCCGUGAUGCCAAGCUCGCCACCAAAGGACGGAUCCAUGUCGUUUGACUAUCAUGCGUCAUCUAGUGUGUGGGCUCAAUGGGACUUGGAUACAGCUGGUAGUAUGGACACCGACUAA